AUGCAUGACUACAAAGCAGCUCUUCAGUCUCACCAGCGUGCAUUAGCUAUACGCAUUAAACUGUUUGGAGAAGAACAUGAAAGCACUGCUGACAGUUACAGGGAACUCGGUGUAACACAACACGCAAUGCAUGACUACAAAGCAGCUCUUCAGUCUUACCAGCGUGCAUUAGCUAUACGCAUUAAACUGUUUGGAGAAGAACAUGAAAACACUGCUGACAGCUACAGGGACCUCGGUGUAACACAUCACCAAAUGCAUGACUUCAAAGCAGCUCUGCAGUCUGACCAGCGUGCAUUAGCUAUACGCAUUAAACUGUUUGGAGAAGAACAUGAAAGCACUGCUGACAGCUACAGGGAACUCGGUGUAACACAACACGAAAUGCAUGACUACAAAGCAGCUCCUCAGUCUCACCAGCGUGCAUUAGCAAUACGCAUUAAACUGUUUGGAGAAGAAACUGAACGCAAUGCUGACGGCUACGGGGAACUCGGUGUAACACAACACGCAAUGCAUGACUACAAAGCAGCUCUUCAGUCUCACCAGCGUGCAUUAGCUAUACGCAUUAAACUAUUUGGAGAAGAACAUAAAAGCACUGCUGACAGCUACAGGGAACUCGGUGUAACACAACACCAAAUGCAUUACUACAAAGCAGCUCUUCAGUCUCACUAG